AUGGAGCGUCACACCAAAACCGCCCUGAUCGAACCCAACGUCCCCAUGGACGUCCUCGUCCAGGAAACCAUGAAAGCCGGCUUACUUCCACCCGUUGUCAUGGAAUUUCCAGGAAUCACCGUCGGCGGAGGUUUCGUCGGGACCGCCGGCGAAAGCAGCAGCUUCAAGUACGGCUUCUUUGACCGGACCGUGCUAAGCGCUGAAGUUGUGCUUGCAGACGGCACGCUU